AUGAUUUCCUCCUCUCUUGUUAUCAAGGGCGUACUCGUCCUGUUUGUUCUAUACAUCUUGUACACUGUCAUCUGGGAGGUCUUUUUCUCACCGCUGCGCAGAAUCCCAGGCCCUCACGCCGCUCGCUUCACGAGGCUGUGGUACUUCACCCGCGUGGCCAACGCCAACUUCCAGCAUGAAAACACCACCCUGCACCGCAAGUACGGUCCUCUCGUGCGCAUCACCCCCAGCCACGUAAGCAUCGAUGACCCGAGCGCCAUCAAGACCAUCUACGGCAUAGGCGCCAGGUUUCCCAAGUCAGACUGGUAUCAAGGGUCUCGGGCCCCCGGGAAGAGGGUCGUCACGACGCUUUUCUCGGAACAGGACAUAAAGGUGCAUGCCGAGAGCCGCAAGCAGUUCCAGAAUGUCUACAGCAUGAGCUCGCUCGUGUCGUAUGAGACGUUUGUAGACGAAUGCGCGGACCUCUUUGCCCAGAGGCUCGACGAGAUGGCGGCGAGAGGCGCAAGAGGAGGCGGAGGAGGAGGAGGAGACCGUGUCGACAUGGCGCACUGGUUCCAAGCGUACGCGUUCGACGUGAUUGCGUGCAUCACCUUUGGGGGCCGCUUUGGCUUCCUCGACGCGGGUGAGGACAUCAGGGGCAUGAUGGCCCAGCUGCACGACGUCAUGCGGUACGCGAGCCUUGUUGGCAUCUUUCCGAGAGUUCAUGACUGGAUCUUUUACCCGUCGGCAAGGUUGGGCCUGUUCGGCUCGGCGGGGAGAGUGGCACACAUGGAUUUUGUGAGGAGGCGCAUGGCGGUCAGGGAGGAGGAGCGCAAGCUGCACGGCGGUAUUCACAAGGCCCGCGCGGAGAGGGGAAGCAGCAGCAGCGGCAGCACGCCAAGGGACUUUACGGAUAGAUUAUGGGAUAGGCAUGACGAGAAUCCCGACAAGACGACCAAGGACCACAUCUUCAUGGUCGGGCUGUCAAACAUCACGGCGGGCUCUGAUACCACCGCAUCGACGCUGUCCGGCCUGUUGUACCACCUACUUGUCAACCCGCGCGUGCUCGCCAGGCUCGAGGAUGAGAUCAUGGGGUUCGCCACGAGCGGAAAGCUCUCGGAGCGCCCCACCUUUGACGAAACCCGCCAGAUGCCGUACCUCGACGCCGUGGUCAAGGAGGCCCUGCGCCUGCACUCGGCUGUCGGCCUGCCGCUGUGGCGCGUGGUGCCUGAGGGCGGCGUGGAGGUGGCCGGCCAUUUCCUCCCAGCUGGUACCAACGUCGGCGUCAACGCGUGGACGGCACACAGGAACGAGGAGGUCUGGGGCCGCGACGCCGAGGUGUUCAGGCCGGAGCGCUGGCUCGAGGCGCAGGCCGAGGCGGAUGUGGGCGGGAACAAGGCCAGGCUGCAGAGGAUGGAGGCGUAUUACCUGCCCUUUGGCCUCGGUUCGAGGACGUGUAUCGGAAGGCACAUCAGCAUUCUGGAGAUCUCCAAGCUGGUGCCGAGGCUGCUGAGGGAUUUUGCGUUCGAGCUGGCCAGGCCGGGCGAAGAGAUGCAGUGUGAGGACUUUUGGUUUGUGCUGCCCAAGUCUCUGGCUGUAAAGGUCAGGAGGAGAAGUACCAGUAAUGAAACUUGA